AUGCCGCCCAGGAGACGAUCUCCUCCGGCGGUGUUGGCGCUCCGCGUGGUGCUGGUGGGGCUGGCGGAGCUGAAGCGUGCGUACAAGCGCAAGUCGCUCGCGGCCCACCCCGACCGCGGCGGCUCGGAGGAGACCUUCAAGGAGCUGAACGAGGCGUACCAGGUGCUGUCCGACCCGCAGAAGCGGGAGCUGUUCCGGCGGCAGCAGAUGCGGGUGGUGCAGGUGGAGCUGUCGCUCGAGGAGCUCUACUCGGGCGCGACAAAGACGUACGCCUUCUCCGACCCGCGCACCGGCGAGCGCCGCGAGGUUCGCGUGCGCAUCGAGCCGGGGAUGGAGCCGGGCACGCGCCUGCCGGUGCCGGGCACAAACAUGGUCUUCCAGCUGGCGGAGCGGAGGCACGCGCGGUUCGAGCGGCACGGCGACAACCUGCACAUGCCCCUCUCCCUCUCCCUCUACGAGGCGCUCACCGGCUUCCAACGGCCGAUCAAGCACCUCGACGGCAGGCGGCUCUGGGUCUCGGCGGAGCGGGAGGCGACGCGGCCCGGCGUGGUGCGGAGGCUGCGCGGCGCGGGCAUGCCGCGGUUCCAGGCCGCAGGCAAGGGCGACCUGCUCGUCCACUUUGACGUCCGUUUCCCCUCCUCGCCGCUGCGCGGCAGCGCCGCCGCGACGCUCAAGACGCUGCUCAAGGGCUCCGCGGGAACCGCGUCGCCCGUGCCCCCCGCGGGCGAGAGGACGCACGCGCUCGAGCUGCUGGCGACACGCGAGGAGGAGCGGCAGGGUGGCGGCGGCGACGACUUUUUCUGA